AUGGACAUGUGUUCACUGCACUGCUCCAAGCUGAAUGAACGGGCUGUAAACGAGUUGAGCUGCUUCAACAGGAGGAGAAAGGAAGAUAAAAAUGAAGAAAACAUAAGAUACAACAAGGAGUGUAACUACAAACUUUUUUUCUUCAUUGUCCAGUUACAGCAAAAGUUGAAGGAAUUGGAAAAAGAAAACGAAAAACUGAAGGCCUUGUUGAAAAAGUACAACAAAGAGACUAUCGAUCAAGACAACGAAGUGAUUAAACGUGCCCUGCUGCUCAUAAGCUCCCUCAUUUUUAUCGUUAUUUUUUUUUUGUUCUAG